UACAUCCGUCUUAUAAUGUCUGAAAUCAUGCAAGUUCCCUAAACUAGAAGACGCUCUUCGCGUGCUUUACUUGAGGAUCCAGUAGAGCAGCUGUCUUCAGCAGAGCGCCGAACCCGCGGUCAGUUUCAUCACAUGGGGGAAUGGUUGAGGACAACUUGCCCAUGUCUUCAGACAUUAUGGGACAGAAUAUACGGAACCUCAAGGGACGAUGUAGAAAUCAGUAUAAACGUUGACAGUGGCUAUGUGGGCGAUGGUUCGAGCAGUACAGUUAACAGAGAGACGGAGUCUGCCAGUCGUUACACGGAGCCCCGAAACGCAAUCCAGCCACCUCAGAAAACGGACAGUGCUGCUAUUUAUACGGCUCUGUGGGACUUUGAGGCACGCCACGUCGCGGAGGUGUCAUUCAAAGCCGGUGAUUUGUUCCAAAUUGUGAGUCGUUCUGGAGAAUGGUGGACCGCGAGAAAAAUAGACUCAAAUGCCUGUGUUCUGGCGACCGGUGUUGUUCCGUACAAUUACCUGGCGCGCGCGGAAUCCGUAGAGUCUCAAUCGUGGUUCUUUGGAAAGAUGAGCCGUGUUGAGGCUUUGAGUCACCUCAUGUCAGCAGAAAAUGAUGAUGGAUCCUUUCUCGUGCGAAUCAGUGAGUCUGGCUGUGUGGGCCAUGUACUCUCAGUGAAGACAAAGAACAAAACGAAGCACUUCAAAAUCUACCAGGCUAGUGGUCUAUUCUAUAUAAAUCAGUCUCUCAAAUUCUCCAGCGUAUUAGAGGUGGUAAAAUACUAUCAAACGCAUCCAUUGGCCUCUUUGGACAGACUGAAGCGACCCUGCAUUCAGAAAAAGCCUCAGCCGCAGGAUCUGUCACACUCCACGGUUGAUGAGUGGGAGCUGCCUAAAGAAGAAUUUACUCUUGAAGAGGAGCUUGGCAGUGGCUACUUUGCUGAUGUUUACCGUGGCAAGUGGAAAAAUAACAUCAACGUGGCCAUCAAAAUCCUCAAGAACAAUGAUUGUCUUAAGCAGAAGGAAUUUCAAAUGGAGGUGCAGAUUAUGAAACGAUUGCGUCACAGGCACCUGAUCGCUCUCUUUGCCAUCUGCACUUCCUCUAUGCCAUAUUACAUCAUCACUGAACUCAUGGAAAAGGGCAACCUGCUCAACUUCCUCAGAAGUUCUGAGGGUGGGGCAUUGGACCUGGUGUCUUUGAUAGACAUGGCAGCUCAAGUGGCAGAUGGGAUGGCAUAUCUAGAGGCUAAUAACAGUAUUCAUAGAGAUCUUGCUGCAAGAAAUGUUCUAGUUGGAGAGGGAUAUAUCUGCAAAGUGGCUGACUUUGGCCUAGCUCGAAUCAUUAAGGAGCCUUUUUAUAUAUCCGAUGAGAGGAAAAUACCAUAUAAAUGGACCGCCCCAGAAGCUAUCAGUCAUGGCUGUUUCUCAAAUAAAUCUGAUGUCUGGUCAUUUGGCAUUCUGCUUUAUGAAAUUCUCACCUAUGGAGGAAUACCUUAUCCAGGUUUUUCAUCAAAUGAGGUGUUUAUUCAGAUCACGGAACACAACUAUAGAAUGCCUGCCCCAUCCAAAUGCCCACAGGCCAUUUAUGAUAUCAUGCUAUCUUGCUGGAGUGCACAGCCAGAAGACCGUCCAACUUUUAAGGACCUGAGGCAAAACCUAGAAGUCAUCAGCCGCUACAGUGACUUGGACUGAUUCUGCUGGUUGAUUUCACACCUUGUGAACAGACCACUUCACGGAAACUUGGAACAUGGAUCAUGGAACAAUUCUUAAAGACAGAUACAUCAGAGGAACUAUCUUUGAUAUGUAGAUUUGUAUAUGAAUAUACUAUAUAUAUAUAUAUAUAUAUAUAUAUAUAUAUAUAUAUAUAUAUAUAUAUAUAUAUAUAUAUAUAUAUAUAUAUAUAUAUACACACACACACAGUACUGGUCAAAAGUUUUGAAACACUUACUCAUUCUUUAUUAUAAUUUUUUCUUCGCAUUUUAGAAUAAUAGUAAAGUCAUCAAAACUAUGGAAUAACAUAAAUGGAACUAUGGGAAUUAUGUUGUGACUAAACAAAAUCCAAAAUAAAUCAAAACUGUGUUAUAUUUUAGCAUCUUCAAAGUAGUCACCCUUUGCCUAGAAUUUGCAGAAAUGUACUCUUGACAUUUUCUCAACCAACUUCUUGAGGUAUCACCCUGGGAUGCUUUUUAAACCGUAUUGAAGGAGUUCCCAUCUAUGUUGGGCACUCAUUGGCUGCUUUUCUUUAUUAUUUGGUCCAAGUCAUCAAUUUCAAAAACUUUUUUUUUUAAAUACAAUUUUAGUUUUAUAAUGAAAUAAAUUAAUAUGGUGGCACAAUUAUAUUUUUGUGUACAAAACUAAUCUCAAACAUUUAAGCAUACGCCUUCAGAUCAAAAGAUUUUUAAGAUCAUAAGAAACAUUUCAGUUAAGUGUUUCAAAACUUUUGACCGGUAGUGUAUAUUCACCGAUCAGCCACAAUAUUAAAACCGCCUGCCUAAUAUUAUGUAGGUCCCCCUCGUGCCGCCAAAACAGCACCAACCCGCAUCUAAGAAUAGCAUUCUGAGAUAAUAUUCUUCUCAAUACAAUUGUACAGAGUGGUUAUCUGAGUUACUGUAGACUUUGUCAGUUCAAACCAGUCUGGCCAUUUUCUGUUGACCUCAUCAACAAGACAUUUCCGUCCACAGAACUGCCCCUCACUGGAUGUUUUUAGUUUUUUGCACCAUUCUGAGUAAUCGCAUGGAUGAUUGUUGGUGCCAGACGGGCUGGUUUGAGUAUUUCUGUAACUGCUGAUCUCCUUUGAUUUUCACAUUUUCGCAAUUGAAAAUGUCAUUAAAUAUUCCUUUAUUGAACUGGCAUUAGCAGAAUCAGCAUAAAGCUAUGUGUAGCCUAAAUGUGUAUGUGUUAAAAAACAGUCAACAAAAUUGUAUAAAACAAUAUUCACUGCUUUAUGUUGCUUUUGUAUGAUUUAUUUUAUAUUGCAUUGUGUUAAAAGGUGAGUUAACACAAAAAAAUAAAAUUCUGUUGACAUUUA